UCUAAAUCGUGCUAAGCACGAUAACCUCAACAGCAGACUCUGUUGCGGAUAUUCAUGUUUUGUAAUUAUCGUUCCUUUUUGGCUACGCACUGUAUUUUUAAAUGCUGCAGAGAUGGCUAUUCAUGAAAACAGGCCCUAUCAGAAUACAAUAGCAUUUCAGAAAUGGUUAACUCACAAAAUAAUGGCACAUAACAAAACGUUCCUGUAGUUACUAGGUUCUGUUGACGAGGCUACAGCCCGCCGCCAUCACAACAUCCUGCAGCACUGCGUUCAGCACGUAAGGAUCGUGCAACUCGUCUACAUGGGCAAAAAAUCUCUUCGUCCAUGAGAUUUUGCUAUCUGGAUGUAGUGUGGAAUAUCACUGUCAACAGAACGGGUUUUGAAGCCGGCUAGAUGACAUCAGCAGCAGACUGGUAGUGUUUGGAUAUUGUCUGGAUCUGACCAGUGUGCUCAUGUAACAUGGUGAAGAAGACGUUCCAGGCGUACUUACCGGACUGCCAUCGAACGUACAGCUGUAUCCACUGUCGGGCACACCUGGCAAAUCACGAUGAGUUGAUUUCAAAGUCAUUUCAGGGAAGUCAGGGACGUGCAUAUCUCUUCAACUCAGUUGUAAAUGUGGGCUGUGGGCCAGCUGAGGAGCGGGUACUACUUACUGGACUGCACGCAGUAGCAGAUAUUUAUUGUGAAUGCUGCAAAACUACUCUGGGAUGGAAAUAUGAGCACGCCUUUGAAAGUAGCCAGAAGUACAAGGAAGGGAAAUUCAUCAUUGAGCUGGCUCACAUGAUCAAAGACAAUGGCUGGAGUUGAGAAACCAGGAAGACCACACGGCAAGCUUUUAACUGCUGGAACGAAGCGGACUGUAGAUUUUUUCAAACCUAAUCUUCCAGCUUGUAUAUAUGCUGUAGGAUAUUUUAUGGCAUUUAUGUGCGUGUUCUAUGUUUGGUAAGAGCAUGAAGGGAAUUGUUCUUGAUUUAAAAUCUCUCCCGGCUGAUCUAGGCUCAGUACCAAUACACAGUUGGUAAACCAGCAUAUAGCAAGGAGAAUAGUACUGACUUAUGGGUUAUGUAAUAGAGAUAUUUAUGAUUUGUUGAUGACAUAUACUUACCAUGUAAUGCAACAAACUUAUGUUCAAUAACCUUAUAUACAUCAAUGAUACUAACUGUGCUCUAUUGUACAAAAUGUAAAUGUAGUUGAAUUUGUAUGAGGACCAGACAGCUUCUUUCUGCCCCUCAUUGUUGUAUUGAACCAGAAUUGAGCAGGUUCAACCUGGGUUCCAUCAGCAAGGAACGGACUGGUCAGCUGUAUGUGGCAGGGAAUUAUUUGAUAACUACAGGUGUAGUGUCAAGUAAAAUGUCAGGUAACACUAGGUAUUGUCUAGUAUCUCUGCUGCAUAAUUAACCAUACUGUUAGGCUGGUGAAAAGUAACAGACUCUACCACUAAACUCUAGAGCAGCCUUGCAGAGAGGGCAGUGUUGUGUAGAUGUUGUACAGGGACCACAGCAACUUCUUUAGUGGGCCACUAUAAGAAUCUGACAGCUUACACUAGGCCACUACCUCCAAGACUUACAUGGAAGUGGCUUAACCCAUUGCUGAGUUAUGAUGUAAAUUAUGGACACGUUCACAGACACAAGUUAUUUCAAAGCAGUUGAGAUAGUCCAGAAUCUAAACAAGUUUCCCAUAUUUACUAUUUAGUUGAAAUACCACAAUUCUAAAAAAAAAAGCACAUUUCCCCGCCUUACAAUUGCUACAGUAAAGGCUGUUCUCUGUUUCAUUGGAACAAGAGUUUCUCCAAUAAUGGCUUUUUUGCCAUCUGAGAGAAAUGCAGCUGUUUAGUCAUCUCUUUUUUUUUCAUUCUAGAUUUAGAUUGUAUAUUUGUAUAUUUAAUUCAUGUUGUUUAUAUAGCCUGCUGUGCAUGCUUGUCAAUUUCCAGUUUCCAGUGUUUCAAAAUGGUGACUGUCCUGAUAUUUUUCUGAUGUAUAUUGAAUAUUGGGCAGGUAUUGCAGAUUAGAGCCAGAACACCAGCAGACGUCAACAUAGUGAAAGAGAAUGUUGAUUGAAUUCCAGGCUAGGGAUAAUGGCACAUGGUAGUGAGUACCAGUACAAAUUCCCACAGUUGUGUCGUUUCACCGUUCAGUUCCUAUUAUUGUCUUCUGAGCUGGUAACUCAGGUUAACAAAACUCUGUACUCAUCUGGUGCAAACUAGAAGAAAUAAGACACACAAACACACAAACACCACCGUACAAACACACACACACAGAGUAGGGACAGACACACACACACACUGCAGCACAGACACAAACACACCAACACUUACAUGUAUAUCUGUAUCUGUAUAGCCGGUAUAACCGCCCUUCAGUAUAACACACCUGCACAUGCAGACACACACAAACAUACAUCCAGAAACAUACCCAGUCACACGCACAUUAGGAACAAACAAGAACACUUUUACACUGAUGUACUUAUGACUUCUUGAAAAGAUGCUUUAGAUAUUCUACAUCUUAGACAAAGCCACAAAUUUCACAUUGCAUUAAUAUCCCUCAACAUCAUGACCCUCAACCCUGUGAUAUUUUCUGUUUCUAGGAAACUUUUUUAAGGUCUGUAGAACAUCUGGAAACAAGUGACACGGAAAAGUUGUGUUUCUUAAAUCUGAUGUGAUUUUGUAGAAGGUUGCAUAAAAUUAUCGUGAGAAAAAAGGGGCAGCUCUAAACUUGACAUAGAUGAUUGUCAUACAAACACCACAUUUCUUGUGGUACAGACACAGACACUUAUCAAAAGUUACCAUAACAAAUCAUCUAAUCAGACAAAUUAUUGCCAAGAUUGUUAAUUGCAUAAUCAAUGCAAAGGCUGCUAGAAAAAUUUUAAAUGGUAAUGAUUACCAUUUUAACAAUUUUUCUAGCAGCCUUUGCAUUGAUUAUGCAAUUAACAGUCUUGGCAAUAAUUUGUCUGAUUAGAUGAUUUGUACAUUCAGUUUAGCUUUGAUAACAAAAAGACAGACAUCAGAACAUUAGAGCUAGUUAACGUUGUUGCCGGUGGCCAGAUAGUAGAAAACUGCAGGCUUCAGGUGGCGUCUGGUACAUGCCUGAUUCUCCAUCCAAAAUAAUGUCAGACUCUGGAAUGUUUUCUUCUGAACCAGUGUUGAUAUGGCAUUUAAUAUACUAGUAUCUUGAAUGCACAGAUUUGACUGGUGUUGUUACAGUACAGUCACCUCAGAAUUGGUAUAGUUUGAGGGGUUAUGUUUAUGUGUACUUGUACACCAUAUCACUUUCCUUACCUGUGUUUAGAACAGCUGUCACUAAGAGGAUAUGAUUGCUAUUUUGCUGAAAGUACAUGUAUGCGAUGUCCCAUAUUAUUCACCAGACUUGACAAUCAAAAUUAUUUCAAAUAUCAUAUAUAUAUAAUCAUAUAUAUACGUGUAUAAUUCAUGCAGGUUUAACUGAAUUGGCAACAAUUUGUGUGGAAUCUAAGUUACAGAGGCCACGUGCAGACAUGCCUUCUGUAACUGCUGCCACGGUGUGUACAUGUACACAUGUACAUGUAGUAGACUAUACCAGCAGUGCUGGUACAGGGUUACCUUAAGUUUGUGACUUAGCAACACAAGACAAGUGUCUGUGGCAUGCCAAACUGUCUACACAAAUGGAAGUAAGUUGCUUGAUAAAGAUUUGAGGACUGUUCAUGUUCACCAAGCACUAGACAUGUAUAUUGUAGUACUUCUCAAAAUGGAUUACAGUUUUUCUAUUGUUUUGUGUUGCAAUGUGUACAUGUAUAAAGCAUCAGCUUAUAUACCGGUAAGUAGGUUUUGAAUAAUGUAAAUAAAUUUGUCCACUAAAGGAUGUGGGUAAAAA